AGUAACACAUAUUUGUAUUUCCAAUAAUGUAAAAAAACACAUUCAUAGUUGUUUACUUUUUAUACAGACUUUUAAAGUGGAUUACCAUCGUCGCUCGUGCACGUCUGUUUAUUUUCUUUCCACGUGGACGUGCUGCGCGCGACUCCGCGGUUCCUCGCGGAAGUGACGGCAAGGCGGCGAUGGCGGCUCGCAGUUUCAUUCCGGAUUUCCACUGGACUACAAACUGAUUUGGACCGGGCCGGCUGGACUUUUAGCAACUUCAGUGAAGCUGUCUCUUUUCGGACGCUGUGCAGAGUUUAGUCGCACUGAACCGGUGCUUGUCAACGAGCGGCUCCACCGCUUUUUCGGGGUAUUUUUGUCCAAGGUUCAAGGUGGUCACCCCGUCGAGCUAGCGGUAGCUCCGCGGCUACUUGCUAACGUUAGUUGGCAGACAGCUAGCUCCCGAGCUAGCACAAUUAGCUGCCCACAUUAACGCCUGUGAUCCUUUGGUGUAAAUCGGAAAGAAAGGAAGAGAAGACGAACGACAGUACGAAUGCUGGCUGCCGUCAAACGCCAAAGAAGAAGCAGAAGCAGAAGGAGCCGCAGCAGCGUGCUAAUGUCCAUGCGACAGUAGCCGUCGUGCAGCAGCUUCUCCUUUGCCCACGUCCACGUUUGUCUUUCACAGUGACUGUGAGAAUGCACUUUAUUUAUUAUCGAUAACUGUGCCACAAGUGUGCAGAGCGAGGUACUCACACGUUUGCUUGGCCUCUUGAUGAUCUGAAAGGCUACUGUGGCUAAAGACGGAUUUUGAGUCACUGGUAGGCAAGUUCCCUCUGCAGUUACCCCCCAAACAACUUGGAACUGAGAGUUAAGGUUGAGUGACUGUGGGGUCUGUGCGGGCUCAUCAACAUGCUGAAGACCCGGCAUUGUUUACUUGGCAUCCGCACUUUUCUCGGCAUGACGUCUAGAAUAUGGGGCCUCUUUAUGUACAUCCUCAGGAAGCACCUACGGACGAUAAUCCAGUAUCAGACGGUGCGAUACGACACUCUGCCUCUGUCUCCUAUCUCCAAAAACAGACUCAAUGCAGUAAAGAGGAAGAUUCUGGUUCUGGACCUGGAUGAGACGCUAAUCCACUCUCACCAUGAUGGGGUCCUCAGACCCACAGUGAAAGCGGGAACACCGCCAGACUUCAUUCUGAAGGUUAACCAGCAGCUUCGUCUAAAUGAACUGGGCUCCUCUGUUUCCCUUCCAAUGCAGGUCGUCAUUGAUAAGCACCCAGUCAGAUUCUUUGUACAUAAAAGGCCACACGUUGACUUCUUUUUAGAAGUGGUGAGCCAGUGGUAUGAGCUGGUGGUUUUUACAGCUAGUAUGGAGAUUUAUGGCUCAGCGGUGGCAGACAAACUGGACAACAACAGGAACAUCCUGAGACGCAGAUACUACAGACAGCACUGUACAUUGGAUCUAGGUAGUUAUAUUAAAGACCUGUCUGUAGUACACGAUGACCUGUCUAGUAUUGUCAUCCUGGACAACUCGCCUGGUGCUUAUCGUAACCAUCCAGACAAUGCAAUACCCAUCAAGUCCUGGUUCAGCGACCCUAGUGACACAGCACUUCUUAACUUGCUGCCUAUGCUGGAUGCACUAAGGUUUACUGCUGAUGUCCGCUCCGUCCUCAGUCGAAACCUCCACCAGCACCGACUCUGGUGAUUGGCUGAAUCAAGAGGGGUGGGACUUGUUGACCAGCCUCUUCCUCUCUGCUGGCUUCUUUCCUUCCUGCCCUCCGUUCCCACACAGACGACCCACCGGCCCUCUGUCAGUCCUCUACCAUGUGUUCUGAGGACAUGAGGGUUGGGGUAACCGCCUAACAUGGAAUGAACAGUAUGGGAUCACCAGAGCCCAAAAAAUACUAGAGAGGGAGGGAGAGCCAGCUUCUUCUUUUUUUUUUUUUUCCUUUUUUCUUUUUUUUUUUUUUUGAUUCUUUAUUUGUAAUUUUUUUUCCAAAAUAAAAUGGAGCCUCUCUGCCUUAUAGCUCCUAAUACUGACUGUGUUUGUAUGGAGGCGAGCUUGUGUACGUGAGUCGGAGAAUGCUUGCUGAGUUUGUUCGUCCUUUUUAAACUUUUUGAAGAUUUGGAGGGGGGAGAGGGAUCAGCAUACCAACAAAGACAGUUCUUUAUUAUCAGUUCUUCUCCCGUUCCAUCAUGACCAGACUUGGCACUUCAGCAAACAACUCAUCAAUUUAAUACUUUGACAAAAAUUAAUGAGGUUAAUGAAAAACCACCUGUUUUUUAGAUCAGCGUCACACCCCCAUGUUGAUUCAUUGAUUCCUGAAGGUACAUGUUUUGUUUUGUUUUGUCACCUAACCAAGAAAGGAUCAUCUUACAUGAAGUAUCUGAUGGACAUUUGCUUGGAACAUACCACUCAGGCAUUUUCCUGGACAACUAGCCUAUCAGUUUUUUGUUUUCUCAGCCACAACAUCACUCUUUGCACAAAGCUCCUAAUAGGACUCGGUGAUAAAGAAUUGACUGAAGAAUUGUGAGGAAAAAAAGAACAGCUUCUAUCAAUGUGGACUGCUGUGCAACAUUUCCAUAUCUUAUUUGUUUAUAUAUAAUAAUGUGACAUCUGCAUACCAUGACUCAUUUUGCUCUUUCCCCGUUACUAUUUGACGCCAACCUGAUUUCAUCUAAUAGGAAUUGCACUUAAUUUUUCCCCUUCUGGUUUUGGUUGCAGUUGGUUUUGUAUUUGAUUCAAAUUCGCAGAUUUCCCCUUUCAGUUUUUACCCGCUCCCCUUAAUGUAUGGGUUCAACUAUUAGACCCUAUGUCUUUAAAAUGCCUUCUGAACAAUGUCAGUCUUGUUAAGGCUCACAGUGGCUUCUUAUUGGCUCUGUCUCCAGGUCUGUGUUACUAAUAAAACACUUGUCAGUA